UUGGUGGGAUAAGACAGAGAGAGACAGAGCAGUUGCUCAGAGGAAAGAGACAAUACCCACAAGGACUUGAAAACAGAGAAACCUAAAGACUGGAAAGUUAGUGAUACUCAAAAGAAAGUCAAACUUUUCAGAAAAUGAGGGCCUGAGAGGAUAGAAAACAUGGGAAGACAAGCCUAAAUAACUGCACCUGAUCACUACAAGGGAGAUACUGAGUCCACUGUGGCCAAAAAGGAGAGCAGAGCUGACAAGGCAGACAAGACCAGUGAGUUUGGAGAGUUAAAGCAUUGUUACAACAACACGGGAGAAAAACUUUCCUCACAACUUUUUGGAUUGAACUCCAAAACAACUCUGCUGAGACAAAAUAAGUGAAGAAAAAAAUAAAGAGUGUUUGUCUGCCAGUACACCGAAACUGAUUGAGAUUUGCCAUCGAGGGCUAUGAGGAUCUUCAACAGGAACCUUCGCCUUCAGGACGUCACCAUCAUGUACUUCACCGCCCUGGCUGCUCUAAUGGUCAUCUUGGUGGCUUCGUACCAGGCACCCACCAAUGCGAUCAACGUGUCCAGCCUCAAAUCGAAUGCCUCUAGCCCUCUCCCGCCUCUCCCUAUGCCCUUCCGUGUUCCCCUUGACCCUCGCGGGGAGCUCCAGCUGUCCUGGAACAUCAGCUACACCAACCUGGAGAUUUACAUGGAGCUGAGAGUCGCAAAGCUCAGAUACGGCGUGGUCCUGGGGAUGUCCGACCGCGGGGAACUGACCAACGCUGACCUUGUGGUGCUGUGGGACUCUGGGACCAAGAGCUACUUUGGGGAUGCAUGGAGCGACAGCGAGGGUCGUGUUUCACUGGACAGCCAGCAAGACUACGAGUUGCUCGAGGCCAAACAGAAACCAGAUGGAUUCCACCUGCUCUUCAAGAGACCGUUCAGCACCUGUGAUCCCAGAGACUACCUCAUUGAGGAGGGAACUGUGCACAUCAUCUAUGGCUUGUUGGAUCAACCACUUGCCUCUCUGGAGCAGCUGAACCUGUCCCGGAUCCACACAGGGGUACAGAGGGUGCUGAUGCUGCGGCCCGACACACCAUCUCCCACACUGCCUCCAGAUGUACAGACGCUGGAUGUCGUGGCGCCAAAUGUCAUCAUACCAAAUCAGGAGACCACCUACUGGUGCUUCAUCCAGAAGUUGCCUGAAAACAUGCCCAAAAACCACAUAGUUAUGUAUGAGUCAGUGAUAACUCCAGGUAACGAGGCCAUCGUGCAUCACAUAGAGGUGUUUGAGUGUUCUCCGGAUAUCCGCCAAGUUCCAGACUACAGCGGCUCUUGUGAUGACAAGAUGAAGCCGGGCAAGCUCAACUUCUGCCGCCACGUUCUAGCCGCAUGGGCUAUGGGUGCUGAGGCCUUUUACUAUCCUCCUGAUGCAGGGCUACCUAUGGGUGGAAAAGGAUCCUCAAGGUUCCUUCGUCUGGAGGUCCAUUACCACAACCCUCUUCUUAUAUCUGGCCGUCAAGACUCAUCAGGGAUUCGGUUGCAUUACACCCCCAGCCUGAGGCGGUACGAUGCGGGGAUCAUGGAGCUCGGCCUCGUUUACACUCCUGUCAUGGCCAUCCCACCCAAACAACACACCUUCUACCUCAGCGGGUACUGCACCUCCAAGUGCACCCAGACUGCUUUGCCUCCGGGAGGGAUCAAUAUAUUUGCGUCCCAGCUGCACACCCACCUGGCGGGGCGUGGGGUGAGGACAGUUUUGGUGAGGGGACGCAAAGAACUGGAGGUGGUGCAGGAGGACCAGCACUUCAGUACACACUACCAGACGAUUCGAGUUCUAAGAAAAAUGGUGAAUGUUUUACCUGGCGACGUCCUCAUAACUAAGUGCACUUAUAACACAGAAGACAGGAGCAAGCCUACAGUGGGAGGUUUUGGCAUCAUGGAGGAAAUGUGUGUCAACUAUAUCCACUACUACCCUCGGACUCAGCUGGAGCUCUGCAAAAGCCAUGUUGACCCUGGAUACCUGCAGAAAUACUUUAAUUUGAUUAACAGGUUCCAUGGAAAUGACCAGUGUGUGUGUGGUGAGGUUAGUGUGACGGAGCAGUAUUCUCAGCUACAAUGGGACGUGUUCACUGCGAAAGUGCUGGACUCGCUAUACAACACGGUCCCCAUGUCCAUGCACUGCAACCAGUCAACUGCACGCCUCUUUCCUGGAGUGUGGGACAAACAGUCUGUACCGGUGGUGACCGACAUCCUUGAAAAACCCCACUACCCUUGCGAGGGAGGAGCGCCACCCACCAGCCAACCCUCAACAGCUCCAGUCUGAGCCCAGCCUUGGGGCCCGACGGCAUGCUUCAGCCCCAGGCACCUAACCUGGGGCAAGUUAAAGAAGUUCCUGUGACUUGGCAGAAUUUGCCUGGGUUUCAUUUCUGCGUUUGGAGAUAGAUGACGUCUUCUGCUGGGUUUUCUGACACCUGC